CAGAGACGUUGUUGCUCUGUGAAUUCUCCUGUUCGGCCGAAUAAAGGUAUCUGAAGCCGAAUAUUUUGGGAGUGAAAGCUGAAAAUGGUGGACUCGGGUGAAGAGGUUGCUGUUGUGGGCAUUGGUUGCAAUUUCCCUGGAGGUGAAGGACUUACUAAUUUCUGGAAGAUUCUGCUGGAAGGAAAGAACUGCACAGUGCAAAUUCCAGAUGACCGAUUUGACCCAGCGUUCUGGUAUGAUUCUGAUGACAGCAAAGCUGGGAAAACACGAACUGCCAAAGCAGCCCUGAUUGAUGGGUUAAAUGAGUUUGACCACAAGUUCUUUGGAAUCACUGAGACGGAGGCAGACCUCAUGGAUCCCCAGCAGAAGCUCUUGCUGGAGUGCACCUACAGAGCACUGGAGACUGCUGGGAUACCCAUGGAGAAGGCCAGUGGAACCAGAACUGGGGUUUUCAUUGGACUCAUGAACAAGGACUACGAGGCAAUUCUGAGCAACAGCCCAACCACCAUAACCCACUACAAUGGCACAGGAACAGGCAUGAGCAUAGCUGCCAACAGGAUCUCCUACACCUUCAACUUCACUGGACCCUCGCUUGCUAUCGACUGCGCCUGCUCCUCCUCUCUAGUGGCUCUCCACUACGCUGCCCAAGCAGUUAGACAAGGAGACUGUGAGAUGGCUGUCUGUGGUGGGGUCAGCUGCAUCCUUGAGCCACGGAUCUUUGUCACUCUCAGCAAAGCCAAGAUGCUCUCACCCGACGGCUCCAGCAAACCUUUCUCCAGCAGAGCAGAUGGCUAUGGGAGAGGGGAAGGCUGUGGGGUCAUCCUGCUCAAGCCACUGAAAAAAGCUCUACGGGACUUUGAUCAUGUGUGGGGCAUCAUAAGCAAAACUGCUCUCAAUCAGGAUGGUGGCACUGUCAGUCCAAUCACCAGGCCGUCCAUGGCCCAGCAGGAGGAGCUGCUCCACAGAAUUUACUCUGCAGGGUUUGAUCCAUCACAUGUCCAGUACAUAGAGGCUCAUGGGACUGGAACCCCAGCAGGAGAUCCAGCAGAAGCAGGCAGCAUCUCCAGAGCCAUUGCCAAAACCAGACCUCCAGGAGAAGCACUCUGCAUUGGCUCAGUGAAAGGUAACAUCGGGCACACUGAGUCAGCCGCUGGAGUGGCAGGACUCAUCAAGGUGCUUCUGAUGAUGCACUAUGAAACCAUUGUUCCCUCUCUAUUCUACUCUGAGGACAGUGCCAGCAUCGAUGCCAAAGCCUUGAACCUGAAAAUUCCCACUAGAGUAGAGAAGUGGGAAAAGACUGGCCCAGCAGGAAGGGCUGCAGGUAUCAAUAACUUUGGGUUUGGAGGGACCAAUGCACAUGCCAUAGUCAGAGAGUACAGGCAGGUGGACUAUUCUAUACCCACCAAUCAGGAUUCAACAAAACUCUUUGUGUUGUCUGCAGCUUCUGAAAAGUCAUUUGAAAUGAUAAUUGCAGACACAAGUCAAGAGCUGGCCACAAACAAUGCAGUAGAUUUCAAAUCUCUGGCAUAUACAUCGGCAUGUCGGAGAAGCCACAUAAAGCAUAGGUAUAGAAGAGUGUUUCUGACAUCCUCUCGCAGUAACCUACAGGAAAAACUCAGAUCGGCGCUGAACGAAAGAAUUUUACCAUUAAAAUCAGGCUUAAAGUUAGUUUUUGUGUUUUGUGGAAAUGGAGUGACCUACAGAGGCAUGUGCAAGGGACUGUUGAAAGAAAAUCCCAUAUUCAGAGACAAAAUGAAAGAGGUUGAGAACCUGUUCCAUAAUUACAAAAGCAUUAACAUUUUGGAGAAUCUGGAAAAUGACUAUGACAAAGAUGAUUAUUCAAAACCAGAUGUUGUCCAACCCAUUCUCUUUGCUAUCCAGGUUGGCAUUUUCAGCCUUCUAAAGCACUGGGGUAUCAGACCUGAUGCUGUUCUUGGGCACUCUGUAGGAGAGGUUGCUGCUGCCCAUUGCUCUGGUCUUCUGUCUCUGGAGGAUGCAGUAAAGGUGAUCUAUUUCCGCAGUAUGUUGCAGAGCAAAGUCACAGGAGGGAAGAUGCUUGUUGUCAGUAAGAUAGCCGUAUCAGAAAUCCUGAGGCUCCUGCCUGCUUACUCAGGGAAAGUCUGCUUAGCUGCCUUCAACAGCCCUCAGUCCUGCACACUAUCAGGUGAAGCAGAUGCAGUCGAAAGUCUUCACCAUAAGCUGAAGACCUCUUUCAACGACAAGAAUCUGUUCCUCCACAUUUUAGAUGUCCCUGCUGCUUACCACAGUCAUAUGGUGGAUCCCAUCCUGGACCAAAUACAGGGCAGUGUAGGAUCUUUUCAAGAGAAUGAAAUGGAGGCAGAGUUGUUUUCCACUGUGACUGGAGAGAAGUGUUCUCAAGGGGAUUUUAGCUCAGGGAAAUAUUGGGCCAGGAAUGUUCGUGAGCCUGUCGCAUUUGAACAAGCUUUGAGAUCAGUAGCCAAAGACAAGAAGAACAUAGUCUUUGUAGAGAUAGGUCCAAGACGGGCCCUGCAGAGGAACAUCAUGGAGACAUUAGGGAAUGACAUCACUGUGUUCCCCACUGCGCAACCAGAUAAAGACCAUGAGACACUGCUAACCUCGGUGUCAAAACUCUUUGAGCUGGGGGUGAAUGUAAACUGGGAACAUCUCUAUAAAGGACAUGAGGCACCACCAACAUCAUUCCCAAGGUAUCAAUUUGAUUGUGUAAAGAAGGAGGUGUACUUUGAAACAGUGAGGCAGGGCAAUGAAACAAUGUCUCAUAACUGUCACCCUAUUGUAAGACCCACAAAACACAACAGCACAGAGUUCACCUGUAAUCUUUCCUCAGGUGCAACAAAGUACCUAAGUGAACACAAACACAAUGGCAUUGCCCUUGCCCCCAGUGCUCUGUAUGUUGAACUGGCUCUAGCUUCUGUCAUAGCCAGUAUGAAGUCAAAUGUGUCUCUUAGCUCACUGCAGCUCAGUAUCAGUUUCCAAAGUCCAUAUCUAUUCAGUGAGACCUCCCCCAAAAUGAAAGUACAGGUUGAGCCAUCAGAGGAAACAGCAGAAUUUAAAAUACAUUCUCAGUCAGCUACCUAUGCCUCAGGUGCCAUUGAAUGGAAAAAUGGAUCAAUGGCUCCUGAGCAAAAGAAUAUCGCUCUGGAUUUUGUGUUCAAAAGAUGCCAAUCAGUCAUAAAGGCGGAGCAGGUCUACACAGCCCUCUCUCAGGCAGGAUUUCAGUAUGGUUCAGUCUUCCGAGAGCUGGGAGAUGUGUACUAUGGGGAGGAGUUCAAGGAGGCUAUUUCGAACUUCAGGGUUCCAGAUGAAAUGAUGAGGCAGCUGCAGGACUACUGUGUUCACCCUAUAGUGCUGGAUCAAUUUAUGCAGAUGAUAGGUGUUGUAGCCGGGAAUAGAUUUUCAUCAAGGCCUGGAUUCCCAUCCGCCAUGGGCUGUGUCACUGUGUCUGGUCCCCUGCAGAAUGAAAUGGUCAUAUAUCUGAGAACAGUCAGAGAGACAUCUGAUGGGUUUGAGGUAUGUGGCUGUUUCACAGACAAAGAGGGUCAUGUUUUAGUUGAACUGAGACAUGUGAGGAUCACAUUAAUGGGAGGGGGUUCUUCUGUUGCUAAAGAGUUCUUCUUUCACAAUGAGCAGCAUGCCACCACUGAGGAUGUCAGCCCCUGUCACAAACCAAAAGCCUUAGUUUUUGCUGAUCAGUUAGGGGUGGCUGAUUUUUUACGGCAGUAUUUACACUCAAGUUCUACUUUCAUCCAGUUCGAGGAACUUGGAAAACUAUCCAACUUCAAAGUUACAGAAUUGUUUACUGAAUUCAUGGUUCCAGAUGGUGUCAAGAAGUUUGAAGAUGUUUUGUUCAUUUCUGGCCUUCAAAAUCUCAGUGACUUGAAAACAGAAAUGAUCCUUGAUCACCUGGUCGACUGCUGUGAGCUUUUCCGUGAAAUUGUUCUUGCACUGAACGCUGCCAAAUACACCAACACUAUCAGAAUUAUAACCUACAGAUCAGCAGAGGGGACAGUAGACCGUAUCAGUCCAGGUUUUGUCAUUUCUGGCAUGACUCGAGCCUGUGCAGCUGAAUUUUUAGGUUUGUCAUUCCAGAUAAUUGAUCUUGCCUCUAUGACAAGUGAAGACCUCAGUUCGUUAGCUCACACUUUAUGUUCCUACCCAGCCAGCAAAUAUUCAGAGCUGACGAUAAGCAAUGGUCAGAUUUAUUCAAGUACAAUCGUUCGCACUCCCAUUAAAACCAUUGAGAGUCCUGAAAGGGUAGUUUACUCUUCAGGGUCUGAGAAUCUCAUCCUGCAGACUGCUGACCCUUACAGAAUGACAAAGCUGUCUGCAGUUCCUUGUAGUGAACCUGGAGACCAAAUACAGGACCAAACUGUUGAGGUUCAACUGAGUAAAAUCUGCGUUCAUUCAUCAGAUUACUUCCCGGUCAGUGUCUCUGAUCUGAACUUUGGUCAAACCAUGUACUGGAACAAAUACGUAUCACAGAACCACAAACUCCUGGCUCUGGACUUCAGUGGAACUGUUACAGCUGUCGGGAAGGAUGUGGGGAAACUGAAAUUGGGAGACAACAUUGUUUCAUGUUACCCCAUUACUGCAUCCUCAAAGGUUGUGAUUCCAGAAGCUGCAUGCUAUAGAACAAAGAAGCUUCCAUUUCUCAAGGAAGUACCAUGCAUUUCCUUCUUUGUCCUUGCAUGGGAAAUCUUGCAUUGUGUCCUUCCGAAAGUAAUAGAAAAUAAAAAGUUGGCCAUUAUUUCUCUUGAACCGGAUUCAUAUCUGGUGCAGGUGCUGAUGCUUACCGCAAAUCAGUCAGGGUGGAAUGUCAUUGUAGGGACCCAACUUAGCGGACUGCUACAAAAUGUGAACAAGUGCGAUGCAUUUGUCCUUUUGCCUCCAUUUGAUGCAUCUUUGGUUGAUAAAGCUUGCAGUGUUUCUACUGCCAGAAACAUUGUUUUAGUGUAUGAUAACCAGAUGUCACCUAUUCUUUUGCGAAACAUGUUAAGAACAGAUAGUGAAAAUGUUUGUGUUCAAAUUGUUCAGGUGGCUCAUCUGUUCCAGAAAGCAUACCUAAAGAAGCAAAAAAGAUUGAUCUACAGCUGGCUGAAAUCAAUGCGAUUGAUUGAAGUUCCGGUACUGAAAAACAUUGUCUUUCAAAGAAAGACUUCCGGAAGCAUUGAUUGCCUGCCUGUUCAGGUAUCAAAAUCCUACUUUUGCUCAGACACCACAUCCGUAGUUGUGCUUGAUGGAAAAACCAAGGAUGAGGUAUCUCACCUUCCAAUACAAGAGAAGCCAAAACAACUUUUCCUGCAGAAGUCUGUGUACAUAGUGACGGGGGGUCUUUCUGGGCUGGGGUUUGAAACAGUGAAGUUCAUUGCUCAAAGAGGAGGUGGAUGCAUUGCCAUUCUAAGCAGAAGGUCUUCAUCUCAUUUGCAGAAUGAGAUAUUCACCCUGCAGAAUCGGUACGGAGUGUCCAUCAUCAGCAUACAGUGUGACAUCUCCCUUUCAGAACAGGUUGUGAAGGCAGUCGUUGAGAUUGAACAGAGGUUUCCUUCCUGUCCAAUUAGAGGGAUAUUUCACAGUGCAGUUGUCCUGCAUGAUGGUCUACUUGAAACUCUCAACAAGUCACACUAUGAAAAGGUGUUCAGGCCAAAGAUUAAUGGUGCUUUAAAUCUCCAUCAUGCAACAAUGCACUGCAAACUGGACUAUUUUGUGUGCUACUCUUCCAUCUCCUCUUUCAUUGGCAAUUCCACCCAAACAAACUAUGCCGCUGCCAAUUACUUCCUGGACAUGUUUUGCCAUUAUCGGAGGAGGCUUGGACUGGCUGCACAGUCUAUUAACUGGGGGGCUUUGAACCUGGGCCUCCUAUUGAACAAGGAUUCUUUGCAGAGAUUUUUGGAGACAAAGGGAAUGAUAGUGAUGAAUGCGGCAGAAUUUCAUGAUGGUCUGGAGCAAUGUUUGUUGCAAAACAAUGCUCAACAGGUUGUGUGCAAGUUCAGCUUCAAAAACCUUAGAAAUCAUGUGCUGUCUCAAAACACCUCCCUGAAUACACGUCUAUCAGCUUUGGUAAAUGAAGAACUGAGAAACAUAUGCACAGAACCCAGAGCCCAACUGUCACCUACACCCUCUUCGGCAGGGGACUGUGUCAGGACCACAAUCCGUGAGACUUGCAAUGUAGACUUUGAAGAGCUGAGUGAUGAUACAGCACUGGCUGCUCUGGGUGUCGACUCAAUGGUGGCCAUGACUCUGCAGAACCUCAUCUUUCAAGAGACAGGAGUCAAUGUUCCCCUUGUUAAAUUUCUGGACCCAAACAGCACUCUUUCUACUUUAGUAUCUAUCGUGGAGGAAAGAGAGGCUGUGGCUGCGGGAAGGACGGGCUAGCGGGGUCUUAAGCUCCCCCUGAAAAAGGCUGAGCUCCCCCUAAGAAAGAAAACUUAUAGGCCAGCUAUCUCGACAUGAUAGACGAUUGUUAUCUUCAGCGACUCCACAAUACAGAUUGUAGCUAACUCUGUUAGCUAAACAGGAAAUGUCUUCUGUAGCUACGAUUUGUUUUGCGAGUCAAUGUUUUCUUUCUGAAGCUUGUCACUGUCUGAACGAGCUGCAUUAAUAUUGUAAGUGUUACGCGCUCCCCCCUGUACUGCUCUUAUUCCCCUUUGUCUGUCUCUCCCUCGCUCAUCUCUAAGUUGCCUAUGAUUAGUGGCUGAUUGCACCUGUAGUGCCCCUCCCUUCAAAAGGGCUCAGUGGAGAGUGGAGAAUGAGACUCCUGGCUGGCAGCAUUCCCUUUUGUUUGGUCCCCCUUUAGUGUUUUUGUCUAAGUUUCCUAUUUUUCCUUUUUCUUUUGGGGAGGGAGGUUCGGUAGUCUAGUUAUCGUGGCUUUAUUGUUGUAGUUUAGUUUUUUCUCUUUUUUGUUAGUUUAGGGAGAAGUCCUGGGUCCGACGGCCCACUGCGUGGUUGGCCCAGUAGCCUAUUCUCCUUCCUUUUGUUCUUUUUGGCCAGACCUCCCUGCUCUUAUUGCUUCAUCAUUUGUGAGUAUUUGUGUUUUGUUAAAUAAAUUCAUUUGCUUGUUUA